AACUAGCAACUAAGCCCGCGCUCCGCUGCGGAUAAUGCGAUGUCAGAUAUUCACGAGGGUCACCCUUACCGCCUCCACCCAAAUGAUAAUCAUUCUAUGGUGUUAAUAUCCACGACUCUCAACGGAGAAAACUAUGGAUAUUGGUCUACUUCAAUGCAAACAGCAUUGUGCUUGAAGAAUAAAAUUUCAUUCAUUGAUGGAAGCUCCGAAAGACCGUUAGGCAUCGACACGGUGUCUCUUGCAUGGGAUGAAGCUAACGCAAUGGUAAAAGGAUGGAUAUACCAGUCCAUUGAUCCUAGCAUCGUAAAAAGCUUGCCAUGGUUUGAAUCUGCCAUGGAAGUGUGGGAGGAUCUGAAGAGCCGCUUUAUUAUAGCAAGCACGGCAGAGGAAGCAGAUCCUUGCAAGAUGAAGGAUUACACAAUCAUCGUUCCAUGCUCGUGCUUUUUUGUAACCAUAAGCCCCCAGUUCCUCACCCAACAUAAAAUGGAUAUUCCAUUGAAUUUUACUCACAAAUAUGGGUCGGAGCUCUCAUCACCGACAAUUUUUCAAUUACCAACGGGAGAUUCUUGGAUAAUCGGAGUUAACAGGGAAGCAGACACACAAUCAUUAUUUUUCACUGAUAAUUUGCACCAAUUUAUGCAACAUUAUUCAGUAACUAUUGGUUGUGUCCUCCAUUUUAAAUACACUGGCAUGAGUAAUUUUACAGUCAAUAUAUUCAACCUCAAUGGUCGCUCGUUCUUUAACUCCGAUAUCGGAAAAAAGAAUAACACAGAAGUCAUCAGAGAAAAAAAUGUGGCCACUCUAAGCAGCAAUCCAAAAGAUAUUGGCGCGACUGCACGUCAUUCGAUAAAGUUGGCGGUAAAAGGCACAGAAAGAAUUCGACAACCAGAUGAUGAACAUUUCAGCGCGGUCAUGAAACUUGGAAUAGAGAAGGGAAUCUACUCAACUCGAAUCCUGCGUCUAUCAAUGUACGAUCCACUCAUAAGGUGUAGGAGGCCAAUAAUAGAAGCAAUACUAUCAGACCCCAAAUAUCCGUCAUACAUAACAGUCAUGACCCGUACACAAAUCACAGGCCGCACAAAACCCCUCGUGCCUCGUGACUUCGUAAAAAAAUACAUUACGGACGAAUGCGACAAUGUAUUCCUCGUUGCAAGGGGUACCAAGUAUAACAUAAGAUUGAAGAGAAGAAGCGAGUCCAGUGUAAGGCUCAUUGGCAGAAAUUGGCUUUCAUUUUGCUACGAGCAUUCACUACAAGUUGGCGACGUUUGUCUAUUCCAGAAAGUGGAUUCCAUUGAUUUUAUUUUGGAAGUUAACAUUUUUCGUGCUUAG